ACGCAUGCUCAGCACCUACCAGGGUCGAGCUCACACACACGUGCUUACGGCCCGCCGCGGCGCCUGCGCGGUAGCAGCGCGAAGUCGGCUCCCUGAGUACGCCGCCGGCACAUUGACUCUCGCCGGCCGCGCGAACCCGUUUGUGCUCGGUAUCCUAGUGCACACGCCUUGCAAGCGACGGCGCCAUGACUCUGACUUCCAGUUCCAGCGUACGAGACACUGAAGAUCUGACUCAGGAAGUGCUGGGAAGGAGUCCGGUGUGUUUAUCCUGACCCGUUCAACUUCUUCCUGCAGCCCACUCCAUGCUGGGAAUAGACAACUCUCCUCUGAGACUGAGGCUAACCAGAUUAUGCAGAACUUUCUUCUCUCCAUCAUUGCCUGGAGCUGGGUUGAAUGGAUCGCAGCAGUUACCAUUGCUGCUGGGACAGCUGCAAUUGGUUAUCUAGCUUACAAAAGAUUUUAUGUUAAAGAUCAUCGAAAUAAAGCUAUGAUAAACCUUCAUAUCCAGAAAGACAACCCCAAGAUAGUACAUGCUUUUGACAUGGAGGAUUUGGGAGAUAAAGCUGUGUAUUGCCGUUGUUGGAGGUCCAAAAAGUUCCCAUUCUGUGAUGGAUCUCACACAAAACACAAUGAAGAGACUGGAGACAACGUGGGACCUCUGAUCAUCAAGAAAAAAGAAACUUAAAUGGACACUUGAUGCUGCAAAUCAACUUGUCAUGAAGUUACCUGAUUGUUUAAUUAGAAUGACUACCACCUCUGCCUAAUUGACCUUCCCUGGGUUCUAAAUGUGGCAUAUUGCAAACUGCAGCUUUCACAUUCAUGGCAUUUGUCUUACUUGUUGAAACAUCGUGGUGCACAUUUGUUUAAACAAAAAAAAAAAGAAAGAAAAACCACCCUCAUGGCCUGUGGGUUAUUUUGGUCUUGUAAGGAUCCGUUUCUUUAAAAUACUAACAUAUAGAGUCGUAUCUUGAAGGCAACAUAUUAUUCUCAAAAUUA